AUGAUUCCCAGAGCCGCGAUCCUGCUCGUAUGCUCGCUGGCCGUCGGCCUGGACGCCGUCCCCGCCGGCUUCUACCAAAGGAACAUCCCCGUGGAGGUCCUGUACGAAAACGACCAGGUCCUGGUGGUCCCGCGAGAGGUGCAGGCCAAGAGGAAUUUGGACGCAAAGGUACAGUUGAACGGCGAGGAAUUAGAGCUGGCUGGUCGGGCUCAGAACGUCCAGCAAGACGAGAACGAUCAAGUUAGCAAGUUGACCGAUGACGGAGCUGUUUCUCCUUUGAAAGACAUACCUGUGGUGGUCGAGAGAGUAGAGGAACCCCAAGUUCAGAUCGUCGAAGACGCGCCGGCGGUCAAAUCUCUAUUACCACAGGCCAUAGACAAGGUGCUUCAAGAGAGCCACGAAAUCAUCAGGAGCGGCCUCAAAAACCUUCGGGAGUCCUUCAAACCGGGCAAAGACGAAUUCAGCCCCAGUUCCGAGCAAUGGGCGUCCUUAGAGAAAGCAGUCGACCACUACUUCGACGAGGAAAAGCAGAAGCUACUCAAGCAAACCCCGCCAGCUGGAGGAGUGGAAGCCGCAGCGCCCGCUGCACCUGCAGCACCGGCUGCACCCGAACAAGCUAACUGGAUUCAAAAUGUAGUAAACGGAUUCAACGGAAUCGCCUCUAACUUCGUCCAGAGCAUUCAAAGUUUGGGAGGCCAAAACGCCGGGACCCCUCCGCAAGGAGAAGCCGCCGACGAGGGGGCUCCCCCGCCGCCGUCCAGCACCGGCUUCCAAGGUUUCAUCCAGUUCUUCAACAACGGUAUAAGCAAUAUCGUCAGUACUAUCUCAGGAACGACUAACAACGGACCUACAACAGCGAAUAUUAAUCUCAGCGACUCGGGAGUCACUCCUGCCCCAUCAGGCCCGGUGGGUUUCUUCGGGGCUAUCGUUACUAAUGUCCAGAACGCCCUAGGUAUUCAACAGCAACCUGCCCAGCCGCCAGCAGGUGCUCAAGGAGAUACUGGAGUACCGAUACAACAGCAACAAAACGGCCCCGUUCAAGUGAUACAAUCAGUCGGUAAUGCUAUAUCGAACUUCUUCACUGGAGGCAACCAGAACAGACCGCCAAACGCUCCUGAAGAUGAAGGCGCCAGUCCAGCCUCACCAUCCAACACUAACAUCAUCCAGAAUAUUCAAAACGCCAUCCAGAACAGUCCUUUGAAUCCGUUCAGGCCGCAAGGAGGAGCGAACAAUCCGAAUCCAGUUCAAACUGUGAUUCAAACGGUGGAGACCCAAGCGCAGCAAAUAGCGCCUGCCCUACCGGCGGACGGUUCCAAAAAGCCAGUUGUAGAAGCAGUAGAACAGCCGGUACCGGCGGUCCAGGCGCAGCCGGAGAAACCGGUAAAAGAAAACGAGAUAUCGAAGACCCAAGGAAAGUCCCUCGUAGUUUGAGGAAAACGAAGCGAAA